CUCGCUUGCUCGAUACCCCUGCUUUUCCUUAGGCGGGACGCUGGUCCUAGGUAAGCUGCAUCCUCCACAACCUCGCUGACUUUGCAUCCACGCAAUGGUGUAAAAGUGACGGCUCGGUCGACUUGAGGUCAUCCCGCGAAUGAAUGGGAAACAUGGUAGUAUGGCUCAAAGCGAUGAAGAGUCCCCUCUCUUUUCUGGUGGGUACCAUGAGUCGAGCGACUGCGUGAACGGUGCGUUGGAGACCUGGGCGACAAUCGAGGCCCGUUCCUUCCUAGCUCCGAGUGGUCCACAAAGUAGAAGAAUAAUCCGCGAACUUGCCCUUGCCGCGAUCAAAUCGUCAAAGCUAUCAGGUAUCGCGGAUCGGGCCUUUGCACGUGCUAGUGCGAGCUUGUCAGGUGCCGCUGAGAGUGGGAGCUCGUCAAAGGCCUCGCAGCAAUCGCAGUCCGGUGGUACACAGUGUACUCUUGGAUCGUGUCACAUGUCCAUUCGCAGACACUGCUCCGCAACAGUUGCUUCUAGACUUGUCAUAUUGGCUUUUGGCGUGUUGCUGGGUACCAUGCACCGAAAUGGAAUGGUUCGACGAGAGGCGGCGUCGCGCUCCCACUCAUUGCGCCUGCACCUAGGGUUGCAAAGCUUAACCACGAACGUGUCGGUACUAGACAUGUUAUUGUAUCAAUUUUGCGCAGUUGGGUUUCCGGCAGCUGUGCAUUGUGGAGGGGCUGGCGAGACGCCUAAUCGGAAAGACCCUGGAAACCGCCCGAUGGUGCCUGUCGGUAGUCGGUCGUCUACAGUGCGUGUUCACAAAGCACCAAGUAUUCCCGCCGAGGUUAUGCACCUCUUCUUGCGAACACACCUUAGGUUCGGAGAAGAUGGCGCAUGCAAAUGCCAAAAUAACAAGUCGAUGUAUUUGGGUGCCAUGGAAGUCUUGAAAGGGGUGCUACGCUUCUGA